AAUACUGCGUUACUACAAUAUGGCGACCCUCACUGUGAUUUGUAGAAGAAAACCUUCAAUAUUUAGGCAAUUAAUUUCAUCAUCAACCCAACCACACUUCUUGGUAACUGAAGCUGUCAGUUCAAAAUGUUUUCAUCGCUGCUUAUGGACACAAAAGAUAACCUCAGGCACAUCCCAGGAUGUUAUUCUGAGAAGACAAAUAAAACCCAGUUUUUUAAAUGCAGCCCGCAGCAUGUUUAUCCAGACAUUAGAUACACCAAAUCCUAACAGUCUGAAGUUUAUGCCUGGAGAAAAGGUGUUGGACUCUGGCACAUUUGACUUUCCACAUCCUAAAUCUGCACAAAGCUCUCCACUUGCCAAGAUGUUGUUUCGCAUUGAAGGAGUGAAAGGUGUUUUCUUGUCAAAGGAUGCAGUGACAAUAACUAAAGCAGAUGAUGAUAUAGACUGGGCUGUUCUGAAGCCAGAAAUAUUUGCAGUUAUUAUGGAUUUUUUUGCAAGUGGUCUACCAGUCUUAACUGAUGAGAAACCAUUAGGUGCUACAGAAAUCACAGAAGAUGAUGAUGAAACUGUAGCUUUGAUCAAAGAGCUACUUGAUACAAGGAUUCGACCAACUGUACAGGAAGAUGGAGGAGAUAUUGUAUAUAUGGGUUUUGAGAAAGGAGUGGUAAAGCUAAAGAUGCAAGGCUCCUGUAGCAGCUGUCCCAGUUCCAUUGUGACAUUAAAACAUGGUGUCCAGAAUAUGUUGCAGUUUUAUAUCCCUGAAGUUCAAGCCGUAGAGCAGGUCACAGAUGAAGUAGAUGAAGUUUCAGAGAAUGAAUUCAAAAAACUAGAUGAUAAGCUCAAUAAAAAGAAAUAAGUUUGUGAAGUAAACAUCUAACUCAAGAUCAAUAAAUGAUUUGUUUGUUCUAACAGAAAAAAAAAUCUGUAAAAGUUUUUUUCUGUUAUUGACCUAGACUUUUGGGUAGUGACAUAUUAGAUGUUGCAAGUGGGAGAAUACCUAUGUCUUCAAUAUGAAUUAAACUGUACAUAAUUACAAUAUCAA